AUGUACUUUGUGUCAUUUAAUGAUGGUAGCGAUGGUGAUGACGUUAUAACUGUCAACAACAACAACAACAAUGUUAAUAUAGAUCAACAACAACAACAACAGCAGCAGGGUAGUGAUGAAGUCAUCACACCUUAUGUAUCAUCUAAAUCAAAGAAGAAGAAGAAGACUCCAUCAUCAACAGCAUCAUCAUACAUAACAAAUACAGCUACUACACCAACCUCAUCAUCUACACCUUCAUCGAAUAAUAAUAGUCCCAAACAUCCAGGCUAUAUAACAAAGAAGGGUGGCAAGGGAUACAGGCAGCAACAGCAACAGGUGGCUAUACCAAUUGUAAAGAAUGAACCUAUUGCACAACUUGAUCAAUCACCAUCUUUGCAGACGGUGAACUCCACAUCGACUUCGACUACUACAACACAAACACAAACAUCCACUACAUCGACAACGACGACACAAAUACAAACACAAACAACAAGACAUGGUAUCAAUGAUGGUGCUGGCUCAGAUGGCUCGGAGGGCUUAGAAGGCUCACUACCAUCAUUUCAGGAGCAGGGUAUAUACUUCUCCUCCGAUCGAAUAGACACGCCAUCUCCAUCACACCUACAACCCGCUGUCAAGCUCGAGACCUUGGUAUCGACGCUCUCAUUGAACGAACACAAUGAUGAGGACACUUCCGCACAGUUCACUGCUGCGGUGGCUCAUCUCAAGGCCAAGCAAGCUACCACGACAUCAUCAACAACAUCAACAUCAACGUCAACAUCAAGCUAUGACAAUGUUGAUGCCUACAGCAGCUAUGGCAACGCCCCAGCGAUCAAAUCAAUAUCAAGCCAAGAGAUGUAUAUUAAUGAGCGACUAAAGAAUGAGCGAAGCGCGGCAGCGGCAGCGGCGGCCCUCGGAGGCCUGUCACAGACAUCGACCAACUAUGACAAUGGACCCUCUUCGACCACUGCCUCAAUCACACCCGACGUGGGCGGCAAGUAUGGCCUGGGCAUUGGGUGGAACGAGAAGUUCCAACGACUGCUGCUGCUGCCCGAGGACGACCUCGACAAGAAGUACGUCAAGUACAAGCAUCUGUCCUCGCUCAGCAAGGACUUCUUGCACGCUGCGAUCACAUAUGGCAAGAUCAUCAUUGAGGAGGCAUUCAUUGACACGCGCUUCAAGACCAUCAUGUCCGUGCCCAGUCUUGGUGGACAGGCUGGAGGCGAGAAGUACGUCUACAAUGGCAUUCUGUUCAAGUUCGCUUCCGACUGGAUCAAGAUCUAUGGCAACGACGAGUUCUCAAUGAAGGCGGGCGGCCACGAGCUCAAGUCCGUCAUGCGUUACUAUGGUUGCGAGGGCAUUCACGUGCCACUGAUGGCGCUGCUGGACUAUCGUGGCUUCAGACUGGUGGCCAUGUCCAUUCUGCCAAUCGUGCCAAAGAAGACCAUUGUCUAUGGUAGCGCGGACGGUGGCAAGAGCGUGGUGGCGGCACGCGGCGAAGUGUUUGACCGCAUGAAGGCCGCGGCUGAGAAGCUGAACAUCAAGGGCCAUCUCUGUGGAAUUGGCGAGCGCAAGGAGUUCCUAUAUGGUCCCACCGACAUUGAGGGCCACAUUGGUCGCGACGACCUUUUCUACGUGUUGGACUUUGCACGUGUCUUCCCACCCACUGCCGACAGCCAUGUGGACGAGGCAUUCUUGUACCGCCUGUUCCGACCCGAGUUUGUGCAGACCUAUCACACGCCACUGAGCAGCGACGCCUACUCGCCCUUUGGCAAGGUGGACGCCGUGUCUAUGUCCGUGAACAAUCAGGAGGUGCUCGAAGCCACUAAGCACCUGUUCAAUACAUGCAUCCCCACGGUUGCCCGCUGGAUGGACGCACAUGUCAAGGAGGUGCAGUGGUAUCAGCAUCUGACAGAGAUCAUACAUCGCGAGGGCAUCAACGUGCGCUACCUAGGCAUUGUGCGUCAGCAUGUGACCGACCCAACUCUCAAGCGCAUCCUGCUCACCGAGAUUGUUGCGCGAGUCUUUAAGAACAUCAUCAGAGAGGAUCUACGCAAGAAGAUGAAGGAGCUCAAGUCGAUUGAGGCCGACUCCUACAUCCAAGUUGUCAUGGACUUCUUCAACGUCAUCCUCGGCGAUCCAACGCACCAACACGAGAAGCUCUGGUUCCAAGACAUCAAGCAUGAGAUCCUUCGUCGAUUCGAUAACUCGCUAUUCCCAAAUGGUAACGUGUCGCAUGCACGAGCAAUGACUGGUAUAGACUGA